CGCACUCGUCGUUUGGAUUCCCCACCAACACUUUUCCUCACUUAGGUUUAUUUCGGUAUUAAUUGCAGGGGGGCCACAACAUUUGCUGCCGGUAAAAAUGAGCUGAGAGACAGCUCGCACGGGUUGUGACAAGGGUGCAGAGAGGCGUCUUGAUCCGCCGGAGUCACGCGUAACAGAGGAGGAGCAGGUGGAUUGGUGGAUGGAAAGACAGAUGGACGCGCUCCGUAAAGACACCGAGGCACGAUGGACUUGAUACGAGGAGGACAUUGCCUUUUUCAAAAUGUAUUUCUCCCUUCAUCUGCGAUGUGAUACACUGCAAAGCCUUCUGCCAUAUUUUAGCUCUCUUUGAUUCAGCAAUUAUGGCGUUGGAUCAGUGGUCCUUCCUCUCACCUCCACCCAACAUGACUAUCCCCGAGCCUCUCCUCUACGACAGCUACCUCCAGGGGAACGAGUCAGACCUGGACCUAAACCUGACAGUGGAGACGAGGGAACCCCACCAGGACAAGACCAGCUCCGUCGUCAUCACCUUCAUCUACUUCAUGGUUUGCGCUGUGGGGCUCUGCGGCAACGCCCUGGUCAUCUAUGUCAUCUUACGUUACGCCAAAAUGAAGACGGUGACCAACAUAUACAUCCUCAACCUGGCAGUGGCGGACGUGCUGUGCAUGAUGAGCCUGCCGUUCAUCGCCUUGCAGCUGGCGUUGGUGCACUGGCCAUUUGGCGAGGCGCUGUGCAGGGUGAUCAUGACUGUAGACUCUCUCAAUCAGUUCACCAGCAUAUUUUGCCUCAUGGUUAUGAGCAUCGAUCGAUACCUGGCCGUGGUUCACCCUAUUAAGUCGACAAAAUGGCGGAAGCCCCGGGUAGCCAAGUUAAUCAACAUGACAGUGUGGGGCGUGUCACUGUUAGUCAUCCUACCUACUAUGCUCUUCAGCGGUCUGGACAAGGUACCAGUAUGUGGGAUCGUUUGGCCCGAGCCCCAGGAUGUCUAUUACACCGCCUUCAUAUUUUAUACCUUCUUCAUUGGAUUCUUUCUGCCCCUGGCCGUCAUAUGUCUGUGUUACCUGCUCAUCAUAAUCAAGGUGAAAUCAUCGGGCAUGCGAGUAGGUUCAACCAAGCGCAAACGUUCCGAACGUAAGGUGACGCGGAUGGUCUCCAUCGUGGUCGCCGUGUUCGUCCUCUGCUGGCUGCCCUUUUACGUCUUCAACGUCACCUCGGUCACCAGCUCCAUCAACCCCACGUCUGCCGUGAAGAGCACCUUCGACUUUGUAGUGGUGCUGGGCUACGCCAACAGCUGCGCCAACCCCAUCCUCUACGCUUUCCUGUCAGACAACUUCAAGAAGAGUUUCCAGAAGGUGCUGUGUCUCAAAAAGGUGGCAGGCCUUGAUGAGCUCGAGCGCAGUGACAGCAGGGUGGACAGGAGCAGGAUGGUCAACAACGCGCUGAUCAUCAACGCCAACUUGGAGGCACACAAUGCAGCGCUGCUCAAUGGAGAGCUGCAGACCAGCAUUUGAGGGCAGAGGAACAGAAGCGCAAGAGCCUGAGAGACGAAUGGGUCUGCUUAUACCACUGAUCGCUACUCGGACAUACAGAGGGCUGAUGUAAUAGCCGACCGUCCUAUGGACUCUGGCACAUGAAGUAAGUGAAAUCUAAACAAUUUCACAACAGAGGCUCGAGAAGGUGCAUUGACCCGAGUUUACAACUGUUUGAAUGGAUGAGGCAACCUGAUCUCAUUGACCCUGAGCACUGAAUAACACACAGCAGGUGGCUCGACAGAAAUCAAACAUAAGUUGGACCAACGCUUACGUCCCCAACUUGAAAACAAGACCUAACUUUGGCUCGUGCUGGCAAAUUGUGCUCUCUGGAUCUGCUGAUAGAAGGGCUACUUUACUGCUUAAUAGUGUGUGAGGGAGAGACACCCAUCUCGUGGGAGAUGUUUGGAAACGCAAUGUCAUUAAGCACUGUUUUCAUUAAAAGGGAGACAUGCUGACAAAGCCAAACAGUUUAGUGGAUGACGACGGAGCAACCCUCGAAAAAUAAAACUCAAACCUCGAAAAAAUAAAUAAGAAAUAAUGGUAUAUGGUAAUGAUCUGUUACACCAGCCUUGUCUUUAGAAGAUUAUCAGAGAAACAAAUGGCAAACCCUUCACAACACCACGUUAUUUCCCAAUGACGAAGGACGCUGGCGGCUUGCCGAGGGACGCCACACUGAUCUGUAAACUCCUCAAUGGUGGGAUAGUGAAAGAAAUUGGCAACCUGACUUGAUUCAAAACAGCUUGUGCUUGUAAAUACGAACAGGAUUUUUGCCAAACUGGUGCAUGUGCAAACAUGGGUGGGCCAACCAAAAAGGUCAGUAAAAUAUUGUCCUGUUGUGGCAUGUCUUUGGAACCUUUUACUAUGUACUUGACAUUUUGCUAAAUCCUGCUUCAUUGUGCACUAUUCACUUUUUUUAUGCAGAGCUCAUUUUUAAAAUGUUGUAGGACAAUGUAAAGGUUCCUCUUUACAGUGAUCACCGCUCUCAGCCUCUCAAUUGGUUUACCCACCAGAAAUUCAGUUUAAAUUGAGUGCGUGCCAAUGUGUAAAACAUGUUACAGUAUGUAACUAUAUAUAUUACAAUAUAUGGAUGCUGGAGUAUUCAGAUCAACUGAAGAAUCAAGGCACCCCUGCUAACCCCUCUUUUAUCCACUUAUUAAUUAAAUGCCCUAAUUAUGUACAUCAUAUUGGUAUUGUGAACUGACUGGACAUAUAAUUUCCUAAUUACAGGACCUCAUAAAUGUACUGCUAAAGUUACCAUCAUCAAAUUGACCAUUGAUCUGUAUGCCCUAUUGAAACGGUUUCAUUGGGCCUUAAUGAGGUACUGAAUAUAAUGCUGUCUCCCAUUUCCCGAGUGGCAUCCUCUGGAUGGCCAUCCUACCGUAUGUUGGCGCCCCCCCAAGCCACAUCAACCAUUGUUUAAUGCGGCGAGAGAUUUCAAGAUUUCCUAGUCGCUUUAACUGUUCCGGUUUAAAGUGACCCAUAAUGGAGAGUCGAAGAAAUACAAAUAAAUAUAAAGUUGAAAUAUUCUUUUGGGGUAUGAAACUGUUUAGUAAUGUAGUUGAUUAUGGAAACACAAACAAUGGUAAUUGGGAUGUUUCUGACCCGAAACAUGCCCCAAGUCAAAUUGAUCCAGGAACGUUAUUGCUGUUCCUGACAAAGACGACAACAACAAAACUACUACUAAUACUUCAGCUAUGUUUAAAGACUGAGGAGUGGCACACAAAGAAUCUUGGGAUAUGCAACCUGCAAAAAUACUGAUAAAAUCGCUGCAUUUAAAACAGCCUUUUUGUGGCAUAAUCACAUUGACCUCUCAAGGCUAUAACCCUUUACGGUGGCACAGCUAAUGUUACCUUUAUUGCAUUUGGCAAGUUCUACAAGAAUUCAUAGCGCGUGCUAAAUUUCAUCUCAAUUAAACAUUUAUCUAAAAUGGAUCAUUUUCAACCUCCGAAGUAACUCAAAAGGAAGCAUGAAUGCUACGCCGGUAUUGGUCCCUGGUACUGAGUCGUAAAGAACUGUACAAUUAUUGUGAACUGCUGUGUUUUGUGGCAAAAUAAAGUGCUGAGGGUGUUUUUUGUAGGCUUUAGUCUAAAAUGCAUCAUUGCGGGGAUUUCUGCUUGUGCACCUGAGGCCAAAGUAAAGGAUGCUUGCUGCCUUGUAUGUCUGCAAGUCACAACCCGUAAAAAUAGUAAUUUAUCUCCGUCGUUUGGUAGCUUGAGCUUAUUAAUUAAAGAACAAAAACAUACACACGUGUCGAACACUCUCCGUAACUUUAAAACUAGCCCCGUCUCAACAUACAAAGAUCUUAGAACUUUCGAGCUCUAUCGCUUCAACAUACUUCCUUGUAUUCUACUACUACUUUCCUAUUAGCAAGAGCUUCUGCACCAUCUUGUGGCAUCAUAGGGCAGUUUUGUCAGUGACUAGAGAGAAAAACAUUUUGUUCCCUGUAUAGUUUUUGACCUGUUGGUCAUCCCUUCCCCAAGCACCACUAUAAAGGUAUCAUGAUAUUAAAUGAAAGUACAAACAAGUCAAGUGAAAUUUCUUUCAAUAUAAUAAAAUGUAAUUUUAACACUGCCUGGUCUUCAAAUAAAAGCACUAUAGAAAUUGUUUUGCAAGUAUGUUCCCAAAUCACCAAUUCUGGACCAAUAUUAGCCCACGCCACUGAUAAUUUAGAAGCGGAACCUUCGCCCAAACGAUAUUGUUCUAAAUCACCACCACACCCAGCACUUUGAGGGGGAAAAAAAAAAGUUACUCACUGAAAUACGAUCGCUCUUUUAGCUAUAUCAAGCUGUGUGUAACGUGACCUUGUUUUAAUGUCAAUCAGGACGUUUUCUGAGGUUCGGUCGAAAAACAAGGUCAUCCUGCAGUGUCGGGUUGGCUUUGUCGCAGAUCGCUAUUCCAGUCAGGACCCAUCAGUUGGCAAAAAAGAGAUUUCAUUUAUUCAUUAAAUUUAUGAUUCAAUUUAUAUCAUGUAGUGUACCAGACUUAUGUCCAUUGAUGACAGACGUGACAGAUAAUUGUGCUCGCCAACUGAUAUUUCAUAGCAACCCCCUCCCCCCAAAAAAGUACUCUUAGCCACACUUGCAUGUUUCUGGGGCCCGAGAGCUAUGAAUACAAGGUAUCUGAAUUAUGAACGACUUUGAUAUCACGGGUAUUUUUGAAUCUCAGCCAAUUUUGCGAUUGUUUGCACACCGGGAAACUACAUUUGGGCUCAAUCAGCUUGGUCUGAUUAGUAAGUGGUUUUACAUAAUGGAGCAAACGCUCACAUGUUUGCAGAAUAAUGUCUGCAUACAACGAUAAAAUGACUGGCUCCCUCCAUUGCAUCGCGCAGAUGUAAAC